AUGAGGGGUGACAUAUUCGUCCAACAACAGCAUCCUCCCACUCCGCCAAAUGCCGGGUCGGAUUACCAUGCGGGGCUGCAGCGAGUUGCGCAAUACAACACAAAUCGCGGCUAUUCGUCAGGGGAACCAGGGUAUGGUUCUCCCAGCUCGGUGGCGCACGAAGGGAUCCCUUUGCAUGCGUCACAUGGCGACAGUCAUCCUCAUGGGCUUGGCCUAGGUAUACAAUAUGAUGGAUACGGCCCUCCGGCGGAGUAUUACCAAAACGGGUCAUACAAUGGCCUUUCGCACGACCAAGGUCUGUUCUCGCCACCGACACCAAGGUCCACAAACGGCGACGACUCUAGUAGAAGAACGACGCGCAGUGGACGAGCAAUGACAUCAUCCAGCUCUCCGCGCAAGACCGAAGGAAGCCCCCGACCGAAAGCGACGCCCAAAUCGAAGAAAGCCAAAGCCGCAAAGUCAGACAAGCACAAGACGCCUAGACUGACUGCACCAUUGAGCAUCUUGACAAAAGAGCUACACCAUAUCCCGGUCAAGAAUAUGGAGGAGUGGGUAAACAGGCCUGCAGAUGUGAGAAGACGAGAAGUAGAGAAAAGGAACGGAUACAUCACCCGUCCCAUGAACUCUUUCAUGCUCUACCGUUCGGCGUUUGCGGAAAGGGCCAAGUCUUGGUGCCUACAGAACAACCAUCAAGUCGUAUCGUCAGUAGCUGGUGAAAGUUGGCCUCUAGAGCCUCCGGAGAUCCGCGAGUUGUACAAUGAGUACGCGAAGAUUGAGAGGAUGAAUCACCAGAACGCACACCCAACGUACAAGUUCUCGCCUAGCAAGACCGUCACUCCUGCUGCCCGAAAGCGAAAAACUGAGUGGUCGGAUGACGAUGAGCUUAGCGAUCUGGAUGAUGUCGAGUGGGCUCCAGCUGGUAGCAGACCUCGUCCCCGACAGGCCAGGAGAGUCGAUAGUUCGUUUGGUUACCCGUCCAGCGGUGUAGGAGCAGAGUAUUUUGACCGUUCGUUCGGACUAAAUGGUAAUGGUAUGAACAGAUCGUCAUGGGAAAUGACGAACGAGGGACGGCCCAUGCCUAUGCCCAUUAACCACAGCGAUCUCUAUGGCCAGUACUACCAGACUGCCGCAUACCCAGCCACACACAUGAGCCUGAACUAUACCGACGACAUGCUGUUGAGGAGGGUGGAUACUCCAGCAUCGUCGCUUCAGUUUUCAGCAAAUCCGUCCGUUUUAGGGCUUCCCGGUGGUGAACUGUUGCAACAGCUGCAUUCGCAUGUCGGUACGCCUUUCGACGAGGCGCAGCUAGAUCCAAUGUUGUUGGCCUAUGAUGGAGGAAACCAUUCCGACAUCGACCCUUCGGCACUGCAUCACGAUGGAUUUCGAAUUGGCCAGCCAAAUUCACACGAAGACAACCUCGAUCAACACAACCUCGACAAUCUAUUGGAUCUUUCACACGAUGAAUAUCACGGUUGGCAGUCGGACCCGACCAUGACGUCGUUGGAACAAGAAUCAGAAUUCGAUAAAUGGAUGGGCGAGUAA